AUGAGCUCCGCCGACACCGACGGCUCCCGAUCAGCAACCCCAUCCUCUGUACAUACCGCUCGCAGCUCCGUCAGCGCCGAGCCUCCCGCCGCGUGCCCUCCCAAGAGUCGUGCACGCUCUCACGCAUCCAAAUCUCCAGCCAAGAAGGCCGCACCUAAGUCUUCCUCAACUUCUGGCGUUCCUUCGCACCUGCGACCUCUGUUCAACUACAUCCUCUGGCGCAUUCACCAGGAGUUGGAUCCAGUAGCUGCUCUGGAAUCUUUCAUCUUCUUGACCGAUGAUCCGACCAAGACCAAACUCGCCCAGCGCUUCGGUAUCCGCACCAAGAGCCUCGCUGACAUCCGUUAUGUUGUUGCAAGGGAAGAGCGUGAGUUCAAAAACAGACAGCUCGUCCAACGCAAGGAGAUUGAGAGCAACACCGUUCUUGCGCUCCCUGAUACUCGUGCCACCACGGCAAAGGCUGUCAAAGAGGAGGACAAAGUGCGCCCAGAGCUUUUACCCGUUGACGAGAGACCUGCUCCGGUCAGCGAAGACGAAGAAGACGAAGUUCUGCUGAAGCGUCCACCCAAGGCACCUGCAGCUAUGCUCGCUCAACACAAGUCGCCCAAGCCUGCAAACAAGGCCAUGGAUCCAAACAAUUUCUCGCGUGGAGCUCAGACCCCUACUCGCGGAAAUGCUCGCGGUGGUGGCGGCUUUAGAGGCAAUGCUUCUCGAGGCCGUGGUGCCGCCUCCUUUGCACCUGCAACUACGGGGAGAGGCGCCGCUUCAGUGAAGCUGGAUCUUACCCCGACCACCAAUGGCAACGGACCAAUUGAUCCCAAUUCCUUCACUCGUCCUGCUGCCAACACCAACAAAUUCAGAGGCGGCCGCAGACUCUGGGUCCCUACGUAA